CCGGUUAAAAUGGCCCAACUGCACACCCACCCGCUUUCCGGAAACUACCCGUACGAUCUCAGGGCACCCCUUCCCAUCGGCGCGCCGGCUGCGCCCCCGUCCGCCCGUCGGCGUCUCCAUCUCAAGGUGAAGCAGCAGAAUGGGUCGGAAGGCUGGCACGUUGUACAUAAACCCAAAGAAGUUUGGUGCUGUUGCGAAGCCUUGCAUGCCAGAAAUGUUGGCCUUCCUCAACUGCCUGGCCUUAAACAAACAGAACGAUGACAAGUGUGUGAGGCAGAAAGAUCUCUUGGUUGCUUGUACUCAGACUCAGAAAGGGAGGCCAAAGAAUGCAGCAAAGACCAUCAAUUACCAUCUUCAGCGACUUGGGCGAGACAAGUUCCUCUAGAUACAAUGAUUUUGAGACCAUUUUCCCAUCAAGCUUCCUACCUUGUAUUGAGGGUUGUAAGACAACUAUUUUUUCUAAGUAGCUUUGCUGAAAUGGGGGCAGUAAUGUGGUGUUUAGCUUGGACAAUGAUCAGCUAAUAAUUCUAUGUCAAACAGUAAGAUAUCAGCAGUAUAUGGACAUGGUUUUGUUCUCAUGGUAUAAAGGCACUUUGCUGCUGUGUGUUUUCGGUA